AUGAAGACUGCGUCUCUUAUUAUUGCCGCCCUGGCCGGCGUCGCGAUCGCUCGCCCUGGCAUGGACAUCGACAAGAUGAUGGCCGAUGCCCAGCUCGAGGCUCGCCAAGCUGAUGGAGGCGGCCCUUCGACGGAGCUCAUUGGUGACCUUGCCACACUUCGGAGCCGCGAACUCACCGCGACUGGACAGGCUAUCAAAGACAUUUUGACUGCUGAGGCUCCCGGUCAAGACCUGAAGAGCUUCUACGAUGACUCGGAUCUUCCUCCCAAGAACUCGGCAGAGUGCAGACAAGAUGAGUGCUGCAUCUGGAAGCACAUUGCCGACGACUUGGCCUCGCAGAUGGUGGGCAACGCCGGUCGCUGCAACAGUGUCGCCCGCGGUGCCAUCCGCCUCGGCUUCCAUGACGCGGCGGCUUGGUCUAAGUCCACCGGCGGUACUGGCGCCGAUGGCUCCAUCAUCCUCGCCAACGAGUGCAAGACGCGCUCCGACAACAAGGGCCUCGAGGAAAUCUGCGAUACGAUGGCUGGCUGGUUUGCCAAAUACAAAAAGUACAAGAUUUCGAUGGCCGAUCUCAUCCAGACUGCUUCCAAUGUCGCCACGGUCUCCUGCCCCUUGGGACCCCGCGUCCGUACCUUUGUCGGCCGCAAGGACUCGUCGACGCCCGCUGUCAAGAGAUUAAUUCCGGAUCAGUCUGACAGCUCCGCCAAGCUCUUCAAGCUCUUUGCAGACAAGUCCUUCACGCCGGCGGGCCUCGUGGCUCUGUUGGGUGCGCACAGCACCAGCCAGCAGCGCUUCGUUGAUCCCUCGCGCGCCGAUUCACCCCAGGACAGUACGCCAGGAACCUGGGAUAACGCGUUCUACCAGCAGACGCUCAACCCCAAUGCUCCGCCCGCCGUCUUCAAGUUCCAGAGCGACAUCAAUGUAUCACAAGAUCCGCGCACCAAUGGCGUCUGGAAGGCAUUCGCAGCGGGGCCGCACGGACAACUCAUGUGGAAUGAGGCGUAUGCGAGCGAGUAUGUACGCAUGUCUCUCCUCGGCGUCAACAACAUCAACGACUUGACCGAGUGCACCAAGGCCCUCCCACCUUUCCGCCCGGCUUUCCAGCAGCCUGACGAGGAUCUACUGACCCAGGUCAUGGGAAGCGUCAUCAACUCCGACGCCAUCAAGCAAGCUCUCGAAAGGGGUGACAAGAUUCCCCCCAACGCCGUGUAG